CCUCACCACAGGGACACUGCAGGUCCGUCUCCUGGGCUGUGAACAGUUGCUGGCAGCCGUGCCUGGACGCUCCCCGGCGGCUGCACUGGCUGGCAGCCCCUCCGAGGGCUGGCUUCGGACCAGGGCCAAGCAGCAGCGUGGCCGAGGCGAGCUUGCCAGCGAGGUGCUGGCUGUGCUGAAGGUGGACAACCGCGUUGUGGGGCAGACGGGCUGGGGGCAGGUGGCUGAACAGUCCUGGGACCAGACCUUUGUCAUCCCACUGGAACGAGCCCGUGAGCUGGAGAUUGGGGUGCAUUGGCGGGACUGGCGGCAGCUAUGUGGCGUGGCCUUCCUGAGACUUGAGGACUUCCUGGACAAUGCCUGUCACCAGCUGUCCCUCAGCCUGGUACCACAGGGACUGCUUUUUGCCCAGGUGACCUUCUGCGAUCCUGUCAUUGAGAGACGGCCCCGGCUGCAGAGGCAGGAACGCAUCUUCUCUAAACGCAGAGGCCAGGACUUCCUGAGGGCUUCGCAGAUGAACCUCAGCAUGGCGGCCUGGGGGCGCCUCGUCAUGAACCUGCUGCCCCCCUGCAGCUCCCCGAGCACGAUCAGCCCCCCCAAAGGGUGCCCUCGGACCCCAACAACAUCACGAGAGGCCUCUGACCCUGCCACUCCCAGUAAUUUCUUGCCCAAGAAGACCCCCUUGGGCGAAGAGAUGACACCCCCACCCAAGCCCCCACGCCUCUACCUCCCCCAGGAGCCAACAUUCGAGGAGACUCCGCGCACCAAACGCCCCCAUAUGGAGCCUAGGACUCGACGUGGGCCGUCUCCACCAGCCUCCCCCACCAGGAAACCACCUCGGCUUCAGGACUUCCGCUGCUUAGCUGUGCUGGGCCGGGGACACUUUGGGAAGGUCCUCCUGGUCCAGUUCAAGGGGACGGGGAAAUACUAUGCCAUCAAAGCGCUGAAGAAGCAGGAGGUGCUCAGCCGGGACGAGAUAGACAGCCUGUACUGCGAGAAGCGGAUCCUGGAGGCUGUGGGCCGCACAGGGCACCCCUUCCUGCUCUCCCUCCUUGCCUGCUUCCAGACCUCCAGCCAUGCCUGCUUUGUGACUGAGUUUGUGCCUGGUGGUGACCUCAUGAUGCAGAUCCACGAGGAUGUCUUCCCAGAGCCCCAGGCCCGGUGGGUUCCAUCCCUCCUGCCUGCCUCUUCCAGCAAACUUUGCCUGGUUCCCUACACCCACUCUCUACGUCCUGCUUUCCCCAAGUGCCCAACAGCAGAGGAGCAGGAGUCAGAGGCCUUGGUUUACAUCCUGGCACCAACUGACAGCAUUUAUGACC